AUGUCGCGAGCGCGAGAGAUACAAGAAAAGCUAAGUUUGCAGGCCUCGCUUCAGGCCGCUUUUAACGAUAAUAAAGUGAAGGCCUUAGAUUGGCUGGGAGACAGGGCCAGUCGAGAUUGCAGUGAAGACCUAACCAGUUCAAAAACUGCAUUCUACCAGCUUCCAGUCAUAAGCAUGGGCGCGGGACUGAGCUUUAAUGAUUCAGAAAUUGCGGACAAUAGCCAUGGCAACAAGGACGAUAUAUCUACCAUCGGCGAGUUCAUUAACAGUGACAAGAAAAUAUCUUCGCUUGCGAAGAAGAAAAAACAGAAGGCCACCGCUGGCUCUAGCCUUCCCCGUGAAGCACGCAUAUCAAAUGGAAUCCAUAAGACGAGAUCUGACGACACCAGAGCAAUGGUGGCCCUGAAAAGGAAGAUUCGUAACACCAAUCGUACAGAGCUACGGACAAGCUUGGAAACGAGUAAAACCCGUUCACCCCUUCCAGCACCAACUAAUAACCAAGAUGGAUCCUCGGAGGAUAGUGACGACGACAAUGGCCCGCGUGUGGAAAAAACGGUCAAGAAAACAUUUGGCUUGCUGUUUCAAGGCAAAAAGAAAAACAAAAGAUAG